UCCGGUGACGCUCCAAAUCCUUCUUCUCUCAAGCUGCUCCUUCCUUCUGUUUUUUUCUUUUCUCGGCCUCAAAAUCGAUGACGCUCCAUAUUGUCAAAGAGGGGACAGAUCUAGUCACGAGUUUUAUCAUGGUGGUAGUGGGUGGUAAUCGACACCAGUUCCGAGAAAGAAGAGUUAGAAGACAAUGAAGGGAGAGAAGAAAGUCG